UAGAACGGGUGGCCGGGAAUCACGGUUAUGAAGUCAUUCAGGCUUUCGUAAUAAUACCGAUCAUAGGCCGUGCAUGUCAGUUAGAAGCCCUAGCGGCGCUGCUUAUCAGAGCCGCCCACUGCUGUGAUAGAUGGACAGCUGACAGCCGGGAGGAUGGAUCCAGACUAUGCAGCAUUUGAGAGCUCUCUGUACAGUGAAUUCAAAGACUUCUGCAAGAAAAUCAGAGACGCUUACAAGGAGCUGAAGGAGGAUCUGACUCCAUACAGAGAUGACCGCUUCUACAGGCUGGCCCCCAUGCGCUUAUACACGCUCUCAAAGCGUUAUUUUGUACUGGUCUUUGUUGUAUUUUUCCUGUGCUUUGGAUUAACCCUUUUCAUUGGAAUAGCAGGACCAAAUGUUAUAGAAGCGAAACAAUAUCGAUCUGAAGCAUCAAAUUCAUCUAAGGUGGGCCAGUACACCUUACAAUCUCCAGUCAUGUCAACUUACAACCAACAGCUAUGGCUAAUGUGUAGGAUUGAAUUUAGCAAAACAGACGACUCCAGCUUCCAGAACAAUUUUACAAUAUCUGUGAAAAUACAUGGUGUGUCUUCUGAUGCAACAGUGUCCUAUGUAGAUAACAAGGAGCACUCCCGGCCAAGGACACUUAGUUGUGCACAGAAAUGUGACGAAAUUAUAAUAGUCCAUCUUGGAUAUUUAAACUAUACCCAGUAUAAUCUUGAUGUCCGCUUUGAAAAUCUUAACAAGCUUAGAUACACCAUUACAGCUGUCACGUUUACAUGGAAGACCUACAACCCAACAUUUUCUCAAGUUGAAAUCUGGUUCCGUUUUGUGUUUGUUGUGCUCACUUUCAUGGUGACUUGUUUAUUUACACAUUCACUUCGUAAAUUUUCCAUGAGAGACUGGGGUAUAGAACAAAAAUGGAUGUCGAUCCUCUUACCUCUGCUUCUCCUCUAUAAUGAUCCAUUCUUCCCUCUCACGUUUCUGGUUAAUAGCUGGUUCCCUGGUAUGCUGGAUGACCUCUUUCAAUCACUCUUUCUUUGUGCUUUGUUGCUCUUUUGGCUUUGUGUCUACCAUGGCAUUCGGGUGCAGGGUGAGAGGAAGUGCACAACAUUUUAUUUGCCCAAAUUCCUUAUAGUUGGACUGCUUUGGCUUGCCUCUGUGACACUAGGAAUAUGGCAGACUGUUAAUGAGUUACAUGACCCAACUUACCAAUACAGAGUAGAUACUGGCAAUUUCCAGGGCAUGAAAAUUUUCUUUCUAAUAGUGGCGACUUUGUACAUCCUGUAUCUCUUGUUUCUGGUUAUACGAGCAUGCACUGAAUUGCGAAACAUGCCAUAUGUUGAUCUGCGGUUAAAGUUUCUUACAGCAUUGACGUUUCUAGUGCUUGUUAUCAGCAUUGUUAUCCUGUAUUUAAGAUUCGGCUCAAAAGUAUUACAAGAUAAUUUUGUCGCUGAGCUGACUACGCAUUAUCAAAAUUCAGCUGAGUUUUUAUCAUUUUAUGGCCUAUUGAACUUCUAUCUUUACACUUUAGCCUUUGUAUAUUCUCCAUCAAAAAAUGCUCUUUAUGAGUCUCAGUUGAAGGAUAACCCUGCCUUCUCAAUGCUUAAUGAUUCUGAUGAUGACGUCAUAUAUGGGAGUGACUAUGAAGAGAUGCCCCUUCAAAAUGGACAAGCCAUCAGAGCCAAAUAUAAAGAGGAGUCUGAUAGUGACUGAGAUAACUCCAUUGGGAUGAGUGCCUUGAAGAACAGGAGGACUAUUCUGCUUUCACUACACCUCUGUUACCUUGGAAUGCUGCUCUUUCUGAUUUUAUUUUUUGUUAUUUCUUUAAUUGUGCAAAAAUUAAACUUUGCAAGAUGGGGAUACAGGGAAUAUUGGUAAUGGCCAGCUCUCUGUCCUUUACCUGAAGCCACAAAGCUACAUCUAACACUCCUUGUUAAGAAGUUCACCACUGCCUUGAUUAAUUUUAUUUAUUUUUUUGCUCCUCAGCUUUUCCAUUCCUGAAGGUUUCAGAAUUCUUGUCAUUCUUAAUUGCUACUUAGAAAACGUGAAUAUGUGGUCGGUAUUCUUUAUCACUCACAUUAUGUCGGAAUGGUGGUUGCCUAUGUUGGUUUGAAGCUGAUCUGUAUCUUAUUUCUGUUUUGUUAAAGGAAUUGUCAAGAAUUUGAAGAACAUGGCUGCUUUCUUCCAAAAAUAGCACCACACACAACCCAUGGACAUGUGUGAUAACAUGGCUCGGCCCUGUUUAUUUCAAUGGAACUGAGAUGCAAUACUGGAUUCAACCCAUGGACAUGUGUGGCGCUUUGUCUUGAAGAAAUCAACCAUGUUUUUUUUUAACCCUGCACAACCCCUUUAAGGAUUUAUGAAGGAAAGACAUUCUUUAGACAUUUAAAUGUAGCACACUAUUUUAAAAGAGAAACUGAUGUCGCACCUUACAGACAGUCGGAGUGAACAGGAUCCAGAAUAUAGAUUGUCAUAAAAUCACCUAUGAUCUGUAAGAUAACUGAACUUCCACCAUAAUGCAAUUCAUUUUAAUGAUAAAAUAGUUAGGAAUUUUAAAGAGCUUCUGUCAGCAGGAUCAACCUGAUUAUACCAGGCAUACUGCCUCAUUUGAACCUGUUGACAGUUGCUCUUUAAA